GUUGCCACCUCCUCAUCCCGCCAAAACACAGCGGCACGGCACGACACGCGCCUCAGAAAGGUUCGCUCGAACAGCAGAACCAAGGACAAGCCCAGCACAAAGGCAACAUAGCAUCCAUAAUCCCAGCGUGGACAUCACAAGAGUGAUAUACACUAACGACUUCUGUCCGUUCGGCCUCCGAGUUUUUUUAUGUGACCUCCGCUCUUAGCGCAUUCGCGCAGUAUACACCUGCUAAGUACAGUACAGGACUACCCCAGAUUUUGUCGAGGCGCAGUGAUACAUUCCGGUACUCUCUCCGUCGCUAAGCUUGCUUAGAGCAUUCUGUCAGGAAGUUUGCUCAGGAUCUCGCCGCCAUUCGUAACUGUGCGAUCGUCGUGCUCCAGCCAAGCGAUCCCCUGCGCAACGCGCUUUCCCCAUGGGUGUGGAACCCGACACCGCCGAGGGCGGCGGGUCGCCGCCGGUUCCCGUGCCACCUUCCGCGCCCGCGGAGAGCGCGGCGGCGUCUGCGGCGCUUCCGCCGGUGCAGGAUACGGCGCAGCAGGCGGCGGGAGAUGCGGUAGUGGCGGUAGCGGACGAGAGCUCCCCGCUCCUGGGAGGGGGAGCGCAGGAGAACGCGGGGGGAACGGAUAUGUCUGGCGGAAAGGGAAAGGAGAGUGGAGGGGAGGCGGGAGGAGAGUUCGGCGUAGCGCAGGGCGAAGGGAAGGAGGGGGAGGCGGAGGAUACGGAGAAGGAAGUUGCGAAGGGGGCAGUGGAGGACGGAGAAGCGAGGAAGGGCGAAGGGACCAAGCUGGCGGCGGUAGAACGGGGGGAGGGAAGCGAGCGCGCGACGAAGGCGGAGGAGGCGGAAGAGGCGGAGAAGGGGAAGAAGAAUGGGGAGGGGAAGGACGAGACGGAGAAGAAGGGGAAGGGGAAGGAGGAGAGCUCGGCGGAGGGUGGGGGCGGCACGGUGGCGUACUGGCAGCUGUUCCGGUACGCGGACAAGUGGGACGUACUCCUCAUGGUGGCGGGGUCGGUGGGCGCCAUAGGGCAGGGCAUCGCGCUGCCCAUGAUGGCGCUGCUGUUCGGCGACAUGAUGAACGCCUUCGGGCAGAACGCGGGCACCAUGGACGCCAUGCUCGACCAGAUCGCCAAGGCGUCGCUCAACUUCAUCUUUCUCGCCAUUGCGGCUGGCGUCACGGCAUACAUACAGACGGCAUGUUGGAUGAGCACGGGCGAGCGGCAGGCGGCGCGCCUGCGGUCGCUGUACCUGGCGGCGGUGCUGCGGCAGGAUGUGGGGUUCUUCGACACGAGCCUCAGCACGGGCGAGGUGGUGGGGCACAUGUCGGGCGACAUCGUGCUCGUGCAGGAUGCCAUGGGGGAGAAGGUGGGUACGUGUAUGCAGUUCCUGGCUCAGUUCUUCGGCGGCUUCGUGGUGGCGUUCAUCUCAGGCUGGAAGCUGGCGCUGGUGAUGCUGGCAACGCUGCCGCUGCUGGCGGUGGCGGGGGGGGUCAUCACAGUGGUGGUGCAGCAGUCGACCAGCAAGGGGCAACAGGCGUACACGGCUGCGGGCACCAUCGUGGAGGAGUGCGUGGGGGCCAUCCGCACGGUGGCAGCCUUCACGGCGGAGCGCAAGUCAGUCCAGGCGUACGCGGCCCACCUGCACGCGGCGUUCAGGGAGGGCGUGAAGCAGGGCCUGGCGGCGGGCUUUGGGUACGGCCUGACCAUCUGCGUCAUGUUCUGCUCGUACGCGCUCGCGCUGUGGUACGGCUCCAAGCUCAUCGCUGAAAGCGACUACUCAGGAGGCAAGGUCUUCUCCGUCCUCUUCGGCGUCAUCAUUGGCGGCAUGUCCCUUGGCCAGGCCUCUCCUUCCUUUGCCGCCUUUGCCUCGGGGCAAGCUGCGGCCUUCAAGAUCUUCCAGGUCAUCCAGCGCAUCCCCCCUAUCGACAGCUCCAGCCCCGCUGGCGAAACGCCCCCAGACUCCGAAGUCAAGGGCGAACUGGAGCUCCAAGAGGUGGUCUUUGCGUACCCAUCCCGACCUGAGGUGACCAUAUUCGACGGGUUUUCCUUGAGGAUCCGGGCGGGGGAGACGGUGGCUUUGGUGGGGGAGAGUGGCAGCGGCAAGUCGACGGUGGUGGCGCUGGUGGAGCGCUUCUACGACCCGCAGAGUGGAGCCGUGCUGCUGGACGGCCGCAGCAUCGCCGCGCUCAACCUGUGCUGGCUGCGACGCCACAUGGGGCUCGUCAGUCAGGAGCCCGCGCUCUUCAACGUCUCCAUCCGCGAUAACAUCGCGUAUGGGAAGGGCGGAGAGGCGUGGGAAGAGGGAGGGGGAGAGGGGAAGGGGAGUUCAGUGAGCGACGAGGAGGUGAAGCAGGCGGCGCGGGCAGCGAAUAUCCAUGAGUUUAUCGAGUCGCUUUCAGACGGCUACGACACCUUGGUGGGGGAGCGCGGCACGCAGCUGAGUGGCGGGCAGAAGCAGCGUGUGGCGAUCGCGCGCGCGAUCCUCAAGGACCCGCGAGUGCUGCUUUUGGACGAGGCCACGUCAGCGCUGGACGCGGAGAGCGAGAAGGUGGUGCAGGCGGCGCUGGAAAAGGUGAUGGUGGGCCGCACGACCGUGGUUGUCGCGCACCGCCUCUCCACCGUGCGGGGGGCGGACAGGAUCGCUGUGCUCAGCCGCGGCAAGAUGGUGCAGCAGGGCACGCACGAGCAGCUCAUGGGGGAGCCAGGCGGGGCGUACCUGCAGCUGGUGCGCCUUCAGGAGAUGGCGGGGGGUGGCAGGGGGGAGGGUGGGGAGAAGGGGAGUGCGGGUGAGGGGGAGAGUGGGACGGUCACGGCGGGAGCAGCAGGAGAAGCGGGAGCAGCAGUGGGGGGUGAGGGAGCAGAGGAGACGAGCAGUGGGGAUGUGGGGAAGAAGGUGAAGGGAGAGAGCUCUGAGGACAGCAGCACUUCUGAGGAUGACGAGGAGGAAGAGGAGGCUGAGGAUGGAGCGGCAGGUGAUGCUGACAAGAAGAAAGGCACUGAGGAAGAUGGGAAGGGAGGCACAGGGCACAAGGCGAAGGAGAUGGGGAAGGGGAAGAAGAAGAAGAAGCGGUCUCACGGAGUGGCCAUAUGCGCUGUCAGGCACAGUGGCAGCAGCGGUGCAGGGCAUCAUUCUGCCCCUCUUCGCCCUCAUCCUCUCCCGCAUCAUCACCGUCUUCUACAACCUAGACAAGGCCAAGAUGCGGCAGGACGCGGACUUCUGGUCGCUCAUGUUUGUGAUCCUGGCCGUGGUGGCGUGGGUGUCGCGCACGCUGCAGACGUUCCUCUUCAGCGUCGCGGGGCAGCGCCUCAUCCGCCGCAUCCGCCGCCUGUGCUUCCACUCCGUGCUCCGCCAGGAGAUGGCCUGGUUCGACCGGGAUGAGAACUCCAGCGGUGCCAUCGGCUCUCGUCUCUCCUCAGAUGCGACGCACGUGCACUCUAUAGUGGGCGACCGGCUCUCCUUGGUGGUGCAGAAUGCAGCAACACUCAUAGCGGGGCUCAUCAUCGCCUUCUCCUCCUCGUGGAUCCUCUCCUUCAUCGUCCUCGCGCAGCUGCCGCUCAUUGCUGCUGGCUCGAUCUUUCAGAUGCAGAGCCUGCAGGGAUUCGCCACCGAUGCCAAGCAAGCGUACGAGGCGGCGACACGCAUUGCAUCGGAUGCAGUAGGGGCGAUGCGCACAGUGGCGUCGUUUGCAGCAGAGGGGCGUGUCAUGGCGCUGUACCGGGCCACUGCUGCGGCGCCCGUCAAGGCGGGGCUGAAAAAGGCGCAGGUCAGCGGGGCGGGGUUUGCCUUUGGGCAGUUCUGUCUGUUUGCUGUGUACGGCUUUUCCUUCUGGUGCGGGGGGCAGCUUGUUAAGAUCGGCCAGGCUGACUUCCAGUCCGUCUUUCAGUCAUUCUUCGCAGUGGUCUUCACAGCCAUGGGCGUGGCUCAAACAGCCAGUCUAGCCCCGGACAUGGCAACGGCGCAGGCAGCAGUGAAGUCCAUCUUCAAGCUGCUGGACCGCCGCUCGCGCAUCGACCCAGAGGCGCCGGGGGAGCGGCCAGAGGAGGGCG